GUUCAUUCUGUCUACUCUUGUUUCCAACAUUGAGUUCUUGCUCCAGCCUUUAUAUUUUAAUACCUAAGUAUUAAUCCAUUAGAUCGAGCUGUGUUCGGAAAGAUUGGAGAUUGAAGAUCGAUCCACAGACACGUUUGCGGCAUUCUAAACGCUUUGAGUGUGACCAACUACCAAAGCGUCCUACAACAUCGGAACUACUUGCCAUUCACGACGAGGGACGUUUUAUUCCAUACAGUUCGACUUACAAACAUAUAUACCUCACCUCUCCAUUCCAAACCUUGCCAAUAAUUCACAUCGUAAUAACUAUAUUCGUACCAAUCGCAAAAAUGCGACCAUCAUCACCGCUCUCGCUCCUUCUCUUCCUCCAACUUUCAACCGCAUUCCCAGUUUCUCGAGAAUGUUUCAAUUCUCAAUCUUGCAACUCACUCCACUCAGUCAAAGAUACUCUCUCGCUCUCUCACCCCAAACCCAGCAAUCCCCGCGAUCCCCAUUUCCCAAAUCACCAAAAACUACCUAUCCCAACCUUUGUCAAACCAACAACUACUUCUCCUUUGAACGAUGAAUAUUUUGCAGAGGAGGGUGCUUUCGACAACGCACCAACGACUCCAUCAAAUGAUAUCUCCGCAGAUGAGGCACUUUCCGCAGAAACACCACUCAGUUCGUCAUAUCUUCAAAGUUUGACAAGGACGAGUGACGAGGAUGAAGCGAGACCAAGCAUGCCCACUUCUGCCUUACCGACAUUGCGCAAAGAAGAUGCAAGGAAAUACUGGGAGGAAAAACCUGGGGGAUUGAGCAUGAACGAAGGAAAGCCAGGAUGCGGAAAUUCCAAUGUGUGGCCCGGAACUGCCGUAGGAUAUAGAACUCGCUUGGCGCAUUUGGACAUGGGAGGAAGGAAUGAUUUUAUGGUUGUGGGAAUUGUGGUGGUUUUCUUACUCGUGGUCUGUGUAUUGGAGUCUGUAGAGAGGUUUGGAAAUCGAACUUCGAGAAGAGGGGAAAUCUUUUUGGAGGAUGAUGAGACUUAUGCUUUUAUUGUUAAGAAGCCGAGAGACUUCUAUCAGAACGAAUCCGUACCCAAUGAGAAAAACUCACGGGAAUCGGAAUACAAAGAAUAUAAGGAUGAUGAGACAGUUGUAGCGGAAGAUUUCAAUACAGAUAACGAGAGAGAGAGCUGAAUUGAGCUCAGAGCGUUGGCUUAUUUCUUUUGUUCUAUAUAAAGGUUGAUUAGAUAAUGGUGUUUGGAACUUGGCAGCGGGGCAUUUGAUUGUGGGAAGGAAACACAAUGGGCGUUUUCAGCAUGUCUUUACGGCACAGGAUGAUUUUGGUCAAGAGUUAUAUGCUUGAUGAAGGACGAAUCUCUGAAUCUCACGCUCGACAAAUGUUGCAAUUUACAACGGCAACCAGAGUGAAGGGAGAAAGAAUAAAUGAACUUUAUAAAUUCGGGACUCCUUUGCAUGAGCCCCGUAUGUCAUUCAAUUUGAAUUAAUUCAUUUGAUGUGCGUCUUUCGUAUUUUAUGUGAGAGAAGCUAUCCCUUCCUAUCCAUGGCUAAACAAAAGAAAACGAUGCUUACACAGUAUAAAAUAUACCACA